UGGAAGCCUGCGUUGCAGCAUAGCAUAGCGCGCUAACGGUUGGGGGUUUUGUUGUGGGGUUUGUGCUCCGAUCUGGGGGGUUUCAUCUUGUUGGGGGGAGGCAGGCGGAAAAGGGAAGCCACGGUGAGGGUGUAAGACGAGGGUCCCCCCCUCUUUGAUUGAUUCCGACGAUUUCUCUGGCCAUGGCGGGCACGGGUGUGGCAGCCGCUAUGGCGGCGAGGUCCUUGGGAGGUGCCGUGUGUCGGUUGUCCGCGCCGCUGCGCUGCCUGGACCGCACUGCGCGCAGCAGCGUGCGGAGAGUGGUCGGGACCGCGAGGUUGGUGAAACCGAAGGAGGUGAUGAGAAGGACACCUUGCGGCGCCGAUUUCACCGCCGUUGUUUCGUCGAGAGAUCGGCAUCUACGGUGGCUCUCCACUACUGCCACGUCAGCAGCAGGGGAGGGAGGUGGAGGAGAUGGAAGUGGGGAGGGAGGUAGCCCAGGGUAUAGAGAAAAAGAGCGCGAACUUACGGAGAAACUUCAGCAGGCGCUCACUGCCGAAAAGGUCGUGGUGGAGGAUGCAUCAGGUGCAGUCCCGGCGAAGGCCGUUCAUUAAUUACCCUUCCCCCGCGCACCCCGUGCCGAGCCGCAACAACCC